AUUUAUGCCCUCUCUCUCUCUCAAGCGUUCAGUCUCAUUUUCUGCGAUAAAGGAGAGGGUAUAGUAUAGCAUUCAGGUGGGGGAAUCUUGAAACGUCUUGUUGUGAUGAUAAGGUCUUUGGCUUCCCCUUGUAGUGGAUUUGGAUCUCAAAAACUUGACAGCUCUUGUAAGAAACUGAAGCAGAGAGCAGUAAGAAUGGAACUCACGAUCACCCAACCUGAUGAUUGGCAUCUUCAUCUCCGUGACGGUGAUCUUCUUCAGGCUGUUGUUCCCCACAGUGCGAGUAACUUUAAGAGAGCGAUUGUGAUGCCAAAUCUGAAACCGCCUGUUACAACCACUGCAGCUGCCAUUACUUACCAUGAAUCCAUCACGAAAGCUUUGCCACAUGGGAGCAGCUUUGAUCCAUUAAUGACUCUUUAUUUGACUGACAAAACCCAUCCUGAUGAAAUCAAGCUUGCCCGGGAAAGUGGUGUGGUUUAUGCGGUGAAGCUCUACCCUGCUGGAGCCACUACCAAUUCUCAAGAUGGUGUCACAGACCUCUUUGGAAAAUGCUUACCAGUACUUGAAGAGAUGGUCAAACAAAACAUGCCUCUGCUGGUUCAUGGAGAGGUCACAGAUCCAAAUAUUGAUAUCUUUGACCGCGAGAAAAUCUUCAUUGAGACAGUUCUCCAGCCUCUAAUCCAGCGCCUUCCACAGCUUAAAGUAGUGAUGGAACACAUCACCACCAUGGAUGCUGUGAACUUUGUUGAAUCUUGCAAAGGGUUUGUGGGUGCAACAGUCACACCACAACAUCUCCUUCUCAACAGGAACGCUCUUUUCCAAGGUGGAUUACAACCUCACAACUACUGCCUUCCCGUUCUCAAAAGAGAGAUACACCGAGAAGCCAUUGUUAAAGCUGUGACUAGUGGAAGCAAGAAGUUCUUCCUAGGCACAGAUAGUGCUCCACAUGAACGGAGAAGAAAAGAAUCAUCCUGCGGUUGUGCUGGUAUUUACAGCGCCCCCGUUGCCUUGUCCUUAUACGCCAAGGUCUUUGAUGAGGCUGGUGCUCUUGACAAGUUGGAAGCUUUCACAAGCUUCAAUGGACCUGAUUUCUAUGGCCUUCCGAGAAACUCGUCAAAGAUCACUCUCAAAAGAGCUCCUUGGAAGGUUCCAGAGGCUUUCUCCUUCUCCUUUGGGGAUAUCAUUCCAAUGUUUGCUGGAGAAACCCUUCAAUGGCAACCAUUCUUCCAAUGAAACCGGAGUACUUGUUUGUGUCUUUUUGGAUUGGAUUCUCUUAUGACUUGAGGAAUAAAAGCAAAGAAUGUUUUAUUAUGUGUUUUGAAUCUGUUUUUUUUUCUCUCUCUCAAUAUUUGAAUCUAAUUGACAGUACAAUCUUCAAUCAA